CAACCGGCCAUUUCCUUUGUCGUCCUCGGUAUCGGUUUCGUACUCUGGUGUUAUUCUUCGGCUCUUAUUAUUUUUUUUGUAUAGUGAUCGAUUUGGUUGUUUCUUUCACGUAUUUAUUAAUCACGCUCAACUUCACACGUGUUGUAUUUUGUUACUUAGGGUUUUUUAUCAUAACCGUCGUGUUAGCGUCAAUCACACCGCGGUUUCGAAAUUUCUACCCCUAGCCACCGACAACGAAUACAGUGUGUGCGUGUUAUUAUAGAUACCUAAGAUAUCUCGUCGAAAAAUCCAGUAAAUAAAACGAAUUUGGUUUUGGUAGUAUGCAAUCGACCAGUAACCAGUAGGCAAUUUCUCAAACUUCAAUAAAGCUCCGACCGGAUCAACCUGGCUCCUCAACUUUUAAAAAGUGAACCAAAAAAAAAAACCAACCGAAAAUGAUUCUAGUGAAACUGAUCGAAAACGUCGACGGACUCGAAUCACCACCCGAAUGGGCCGCCCUGGAACUACAAGGUGAGCUCGAAACCCGCCGGCACACGCCGCUCGAAAACCAAUACGUCGGUGACUUGUUUGCUACCAUGCAAGAUGGCGUGCCCAUAUUGAUCAUCGGCCAUCAUAUCCUGUAUGGCAGAGCUCAGACGUUCGAAAAGCCACUUGCUGUGUUGAAGAAGAAACCGGACGCAGACGAGUACGUGGUCGAAGCCAUCGUCAACAAAAAAUUGCUGUUCAAAAACCGGCCCAAGCCCAUCAUUGCCUGUCAUUCCGACACUGGCCGCGACCCUGGCCGCGACCCUUUGUUGGGUUUUUUAGAUUAAAGUUAUAUAAUUCGUCGUUUAUUCCAAUAAUUCAUUACUAUACCCUUAAUAUGUAAUUUAUAUUUUUCAUCGACCAGACGUGAUCGGAUUUUGGCCGACGACAUACUCGCAUUAUUAUUUCAAGUUGUUCCGCCAAAACAAAAACUAUAUUAUAAUAAAUAAAUAAACUACCAUACACAAUAUACAUUAAUUUUCCGAAU